GGACAUAAGCUCUACCUGUGGAUGCCCAGGAGAAGGUAAUUUUAGAAUGAAAAUUCAUCCUGAUUUCUAGUUAUUAAUAUAAUCAGCACGAAUACAAUCAGCAUGACACUUUAACUCCUUUUUGAAACUAAGUCUCAUUCUUUAGCCUAGGCUGGCCUGGAAAUCAUGUGCUGUACAUGUAAAAGUGCUUAUAUGCACGAGUGCACAUGCCUGUGUGUGCACAGAGACCAGCAGCAAACGUCAGGUGUCUUCUCUGAUUGUCUCUUUCUACUAGAAAGCUAAGUACACAAGCACAUGAUCUCAGAGGCUGUGCAGGCACAGAGAGGUGGGUCUUGCAGAUCUAACUCAGUUCUCAAGGUAGACAUGAACAUGGAAACCAGUUUCCCUACACCAGGAAUUUGGAGAAACCUAAUGGACUUCACAUAAGCAAUUGAACCUGUUGACAAUUAGUGUGUCAUUUGGUAUUUUCUAGAAAGUUCUGACAAGUACAUCAUCAAUCAGGGCCGCCCCAGAUCAUGUGCUUUUGGUCUCCACAGUGCAAAGAAGGGGUUGUUGAGCUCAUCUACACAAUGAAAAUCACUGUGCAGUUUUAAGGUGUGAGCACUCUCAGCUGAGUGCAUCUGGCACCAGUGAGAGGGGAAGGGGAGUCAGGCUGAGCGUCUACACAGCUGCAGCUUGCUCCAGUCAAAUCCUGAUGAGCUGUGGUUGGCAAUCCUGUGAAAUCUUUGGCCGAGUCUUUAAAAUCAGAGCAAGCUGGGAGGAGAAAGAAGAGUCAGUGUGGACUUAGGCCACUGAAUAUGGAGACCCAUUUGCCUAGUUUGCCGUUGAUGAAAAUCUUCUCCUAUCUGGAUGCCUACAGUUUGCUACAGGUUGCCCAAGUGAACAAGAACUGGAAUGCACUUGCAAGCAGUGAUGUCCUGUGGAGGAAGUUGUGUCAGAAGAGAUGGCUUUUCUGUGACAUGGUCACCCUACAGCUCCAGGACAAAGAGACAUGGAAGCAGUUCUUCGUUUACCGAACGUGGCAAGAACACUCCAAGACCCGGGCAAAUCCACGAGAUUUCACUUACAAGGAAAUUCCUUUGCAAUAUGGACCUUGUGGCUAUGCAUGUUAUAUCUCAGGGUGUGGCAUAACAAGAAAGGGACAAGACAAGUCUGUUGUCUGUAUGGUGAAUUCCAAGAACACGAUUUCCACCUGGGAUGUUCACAAGAGCGUUAUAACCUGGGUAAGCCCAGAACAGCCGGCAAGUAUCAAGCUGUUGACUACCCUCCCUGAGAUGCACAUUGCAGUCACUGUAGAUAUUCAAUCAACUAUCAAACUGUGGGACUGUCACAACAGGGAAGCUCUGGCGACUAACAUCCUGGAAUCUCCAUGCAAAUCACUGAAAGCUGUCAUUACCAAGGAUGACCCGAUUGUCUUGGCAGGCGAUAUCUUGGGUAACCUGUACAUCUUUAGAAUUCCAGAUUUACACCUCAUUUCCACAGUCAAUGUAUUGCCAUGUGAUAUUGAUGAAAUCUACUGCUCUCCUCAGAAGAAAUGGGUCUUACUGAGUAAGAAACAGCCAUAUAUUUUGCCAAAGGUGUUUUACAUGAGCAGCCUACUGAGGACAUCAGAAUUCUCUGCCCCUGUGUCUACCCUUCUGGAAAUUUCCUUAUGUCAAGAAGCCUUCUGGACCCCAAGAAGGGAAGACAGGCUAACCCUGAUGUCCAGAAGUGGUUGCUCCAAAAUCACAAAGUUUGAAACAUAUGAUAUGAAGCUGGAAGAGUUUGGGAACAAAAUUAUUGUUAAAGGAAAUUCGAUAGCAGGCUUUUUGUUGCCAUAUUACACGGAAAGCCUGAACUGGUUUGGAGUCAGUGAUAAGGACACGAUUGUUUGUUCAACUGAAUUCUCUCUCUUGCUCUUUACCAAUAAUGGUCACCGUCUGCAGACCUUUCAGUACUUCUCAGAAACGAUCGUGAGACUCUCUGUGGACCCCGUUCAUGUCAUCGUCACCUGUAAUGAUGGCUCUUUGGAUGUAUAUGCAUGGGAGGAGAGAAGCCUGCUGCUCAGGAAGUGUUAUCGACUGAAAAACAGGAGACAUCUGUCACCGAGAGGGCUGGUGAUUUCAGUGUUGCUAAGCAGUGAAGAGGCCAAAUGUGAUGGUGCACACCUUUCAUCCUGA